GCUUUAUGUGUUUUCAGUAUGAAGUAUAUUGUAAGGGACUUUUAUUAAAUGCAUCGUUGCUAAGCAGCUCCGGAAGUAGCUCGGUGUUUACACGGUUUUGUGUGGAGGUCUAAGGGUUUUGUUCUUGCAGUGCAGAAGAGCCACAGCUUUAAGCCAAAAUGCCUCUUUUUGGCAACACAUUCAGUCCUAAGAAGACACCACCUCGAAAAUCAGCAUCUCUCAACAGUCUUCACACAUUAGAUCGAUCCACUAGGGAGGUAGAGUUGGGUGUGGAGUAUGGAGCACCUGUAUUGAAUAUUGGAGGUCAGAGUUUAAAAUUUGAAGAAGGACAGUGGAUUACCGAGUCAGGAGGCAACAUGUCCAGCAAAGAGGUGCAGAAGCUGAAAAAGAGAAACCUUCAGUUAGAAGAGGAAAAUAAUCUUUUGAAGCUUAAGAUUGAACUAUUGUUGGAUAUGCUGACAGAAACCACAGCAGAGUCACAUCUAGUACUGAAGGAACUAGAAGACAUGAAGAAUCAUUACAAAAGAAAGAAGUGAUGAAAAAGAAAAGGAUUUCAAAUCUUGAUCUUAUGUUUUGUGAAUUUUCGUAAAUGUCUACAGUUGAUUGGAAACCAAACAAAAGAGAUGUUAAUUUAUACACUGCAGAUAUGUAUAUAUUUUUACUUUAUAUGAUCAUUGUAUGAAAUAUUUGUUAUUUGGUUAGUUUUGUGUGGGGGAGGUGCAGCCUAUGUAAUGGUUUGCCUUUCCUUGGAUGAGUAACUUAGUCUUCAUGCUUCUUGUAUAUCUGGUUAAUUAAUUCUGUUUUGGCAUCUGAUCUUAUCACCACCUUUUUUGAGUUCUUAUAAUAUUUGACAUAUGUCAGACACUAAAUUGUAUUGUUUUAUAUAGAUUUUAUUUUUUAGAUUUUAUGAACAAAAGACUAUAGAAAUCACUACUACUGUAGUGCACAGUAAUUCCAUUAAUAAGAUCGGUAAAAGGGGAGCACAUCCAAGGUGAGCAUACUUUUUAUGGGUGUGGCAUUUUUGUAUCAGGUCCUUCUUAAUAAAUAAACAUCAAUGUCCAA